CAUUCACAGUGCUGCCUGCCUGUGCGGCAGGAGGAGCGGACCUCACAUUCCACACGAGCCCGCCCCCGGGACGCUGCCGGAGCCUCCCUGCAGCUGCCAGGCACCCGAGAGGCCCGGCCUCCUCCCAGCGAGGCUCUCCCCCUGCAGCUCGGCCGGGAACAUGGAUCCUGAGCAGGGAGGACAGCGCUGCAUUGUCCGGCCGGGAGCGCAGAUGUAGGGCUUCCCCGCAGCAGCCGCCGGGCCGAGGCGCCCCGCUGCACACGGAGCGGCGGCCACAGCUCUUUUGUUCCGGAGCAGAGGAGAUGCCAGCAGGGAAGAGCCCCCGGAGCCCGGCGCCCCCAUGAAGGAGGAGGCGCCUGGAGGCAGGAGACAGGUGGACAGCGGGGGCCCAUGCACAGCAGGCGCAGGAGGCAGACCGUGGGGGAUGUGCGCAUGUUCCGUGGCACCUUUUUGCUGAAGGGCUGGAGCCGAAAGUCUGCUCCGUGGGCAUGAUCCCCUGCACACCAAUGGCCUGACCCGGGAAGCUACUGGCUUCUCUGUGGGAUGGAGGAAUCGUGACUGCUUAUCAAACACUCCACUUGGAAAGGAAGCUUAGGAGGAGUUUCCCAGUGGGUGCAGGAAAGGAAGCAUGCUUUCUAAGUCGGAACACUCAGCUCUGUUCUUUCCAGCUGAGCUCACCGCAGAACUGUUCUACAGAAUUCAAGCUACAGCAGCUUUAUCUACCGCCACCCCCAUGCCCUGAUCCAGAAAGACUAAGAGCAAGCUGAAACCAUGAACAAAUCUGUGCUUUCACGGAAACACUUUGAUUGAAGAUAACACAGCCAGUUCUUAAGAUGCGGUGUCAGGAACCUCCCACAGUGACACCAUAAUCGUAUUAAAAAUCUAGGGCUCUAAAUGUGGUGCUAGCAAGAGUCCUAAAAAUGUAACAAAUACUCAACAUACAAAUUUAGAACACAGAGUAACCUGAGGAUCUCGAAAAUGCAUUUUGUGACGUUUGAAAUUUUGAGUAUUUGGAUAAGAUAGUAAGUAAUACCUAUAUUUUGUAAGAAAUCUGAAAAGACUGUUCAAAGUAGUUGUUUGAUUCUAACAUGGAGGCCACAGAUAAUUAAUGACAACUAGUUGCUGCUUUUUUUUUUAAGUCAAUCUUAAGUCUCAGUAAGGAAAAUGAUCUCCUAAUACCUCAUAUUUGAAGUGCAAGGUUAAAAUUAGGAAAGAGUGCUUGAAACUGCUCAUCAUUUAGUCCUUAAAAUCCUGCACUGAAGUUACUGGAGCCUGAAAAUUGAUUCUGACAGGUGCAUCUUCUCAUUGAGUUUCUCAACACAGUGGGGGCGAUGGACACAUGCCAGGCAGCUCUGUGACUAACAGACUCGGCCAUAACCGCGCCGUCUGCCCCACGAAAUGAUGCCUGGCCGUUUGACACUGAAGGCCGCUGACAGUGCACAGCCCAAUAGCGUGUCAAGCCAAUGCCAACGCACGCCAACACCUCCCCACCUGCCCCGAGGCUCACACGCCUGGCAGCACUCUGACACUGCCUUCCCUGCAUGCACACACUGUUCAAUCUUCCACUUGGGCCCAAGUGCACCUGGCCAGAGCCCCCGAGACAGUGAGUGGAAGUGACCCGCCCCCUUUCAGGUGCUCACCGCUGCCAAGGUGUGCUGCUAACGACGUUACUGAGGGAAAACAAGGCAUGAGCUUGUCCCGGGCGAUCUCUCCACAGCGCCUCGGCUCCCAGCUGCUCUGGUCUCAGUAGCCGCUCAGCCUCUUUCAGGCAGUUCGGGGACAGUGAGCAUGUGGUAAACCCGUGCUUUCCCUCCACAGAAUGACUGCCAGGAGACGCCGAGCCCGAACCGGAAGAUGGUGACCAGGGAACAGCGCUGACUGCAGAGGAAGCCGUCCAGCCGCCUCCUCCCGGGGUGUCCAACAUGCUCCAGUGGCGGCGGCGGCACUGCUGCUGGGCCAAGCGCUCCCUGUUCCGGGCCCCCCUCGUCGGGGCGCUCUCCCUGGCCUUCCUCUUUGCCAUGUUCUUGUUCUUCCACCACCACGACUGGCUGCCAGGCAGAGCUGGAUUAAAGGAGAACCCUGUGAUCUACACUUUCCGAGGAUUUCGCUCUACGAAAAGUGAGACCAACCACAGCUCUCUGCGGAACAUCUGGAAAGAAACGGUCCCUCAAACGCUGAGGCCUCAAGCGGCCACCAACUCCAACGACACAGACCUGUCGCCGCAAGGAGUGACGGGGCUGGAGAACACCCUCCGUGCCAACGGGAGCCUUUACAGUGACAAGGGCACUGGACACCCACAUUCUCACCACUUCAAGUAUCUCAUCAACGAGCCUGCCAAGUGCCAGGAGAAGAGCCCGUUUCUCAUCCUGCUAAUAGCUGCGGAGCCUGAGCAAACAGAGGCCAGGAGAGCGAUUCGGCAAACGUGGGGCAACGAGAGUCUAGCCCCCGGCAUCCACAUCACACGGAUUUUUCUGUUGGGCAUAGUAAGUACUAAUUUAAAUGGCUACUUUCAACGCGCGAUACUGGAAGAGAGCAGACAACAUCACGACAUAAUCCAACAGGACUAUUUAGAUACAUACUACAACCUGACCAUUAAAACGCUAAUGGGCAUGAACUGGGUAACCACGUACUGCCCACACGCUUCGUACGUGAUGAAAACGGACAGUGACAUGUUUGUCAACACUGAAUACCUAAUACACAAGCUACUGAAGCCAGACCUGCCGCCCAGACAUAACUACUUCACUGGCUACCUAAUGAGAGGCUACGCGCCCAAUCGAAACAAGGACAGCAAGUGGUACAUGCCGCCAGACCUCUACCCGAGCGAGCGCUACCCCGUCUUCUGCUCGGGGACGGGCUACGUGUUCUCGGGAGACCUGGCCGAGAAGAUAUUUAAAGUCUCUCUCGGCAUCCGCCGUUUGCACCUGGAGGACGUGUAUGUCGGGAUCUGUCUUGCCAAGCUGAGGAUUGAUCCUGUGCCGCCGCCCAAUGAAUUUGUGUUCAACCACUGGCGAGUUUCUUAUUCCAGCUGUAAAUACAGCCACCUAAUUACCUCUCAUCAGUUCCAGCCCAGUGAGCUGAUAAAAUACUGGAACCAUUUACAACAAAAUAAGCACAACGCGUGUGCCAACGCGGCCAAGGAAAAGGCAGGCAGGUAUCGCCACCGUAAACUACACUAGAAAACACGAGACUUUUCUGUUCAAACGUGCAAUCUGUAAAAUAGUGCUAAAAGCAUGUAUAGUUAAAACGGAUGAUACCAUAGGACAAGUUUUAGUUAAAACUCAUCACAUACAAGAAUUCCAAAAAUAUUUUUUUAAUUUAUGAAGAUGGUAAUUCUUAAAAGUACAUUAUAUAACAAAAAAGGUCUCCCGAGGGGAUCUAUAAAGAACUGUUUAAGGGGAUUCUGUGUAUUAACAUGCAAUAACAAGCAUGCAUAUGUCAAUGACUCAAGUCUCAUGUUAGGGGCCAGUAAGAUGUAUUUGCCUAUAUUUUCCUCAUGAAUUUUGAUUUAAGAAAUGGAGACAGUCCAAAGACCCUUCAUUUUAGAUUCAGCAUAUAAUUAAAUGUAAAUAAAACAUCACUGUUAAUUUUAAGAAGACUUUGUAAUUGUGCAAACGACAAAUUUUGUGACCUGACUACUCUAGGGAUCUAAAAACUGUAUUCCAUGCAAUAAGAUUCAGUUGCAUUAUUCCAGAAACACAUUUAUAAAGUUCAGAUGAUUCAUCAAUGCAGUUCUCAUCUAAGUACUUAUUUAAAAAAAAAACAACAAUGGAGAUACUCAUUUUCUUUUACUAAGACUCACAUAUAU